AUGAGGGAAAUGAUGCAGAAGUUCUCAGACGGAAGAUCCGUUCACACAACCAAGCAUAUGGAUCUGGUGUCAAGAACCACUGAGAAGUCUCCCUUCUCAGAGUGGAUUCAGAAUGAGCCUAAACCUCGAGACUUCGUCAUCCCUUCCCUCCCUACGCUUAAUGGAAAGAGAGAUCCGUUAAACCACCUGUUCCAAUUUCAGCAGAAAAUGGCACUAGAAGCCAACAACGAAGCCAUUCAAUGCAAGGACUUUUCAACGACUUUCUCUGGGCUAGCUCUGCUGUGGUUCCGACAAUUAAAGUCCGGAUCCAUCAACAGUUUUAAUGACCUCCGACGAACUUUUCUCAAGCAAUACAGUGCGAACCGUGAAGCACCAAGAACAAUGGCCGACCUCUAUUGGAUCGAGCAAGGAGAAAAUGAACAUCCGAAGGCGUAUUUACAAUGUUUCAUUGACCUCAUGCAUCAAAUUCACGACGUCGACCCGGUUACCGCGGCCAAUCUCUAUGUCAAAAGCUUGCAGAAAUCCGCACUUAUCUCUGCUCCACCAGCAAAUAACCCACCACCACCUGCUAGAGAUGAUAAGAGGAAGAGGCAACAGACAGACCACGCAAAGGAAGGGAAGAGGCCAAGACAGAACCGAAAUUCCCCGCGGUACCCUUCCUUCGAAUACAUCGUCCCACAGGAGGUCAUUUAUGAAGAAAAUAAAGAUAGACCUAUCUGGCGUGAGCCGUAUAAGAUUUCCACUCCUCCAGACAGAAGGGAUAAAAACAAAUACUGCCUCUUCCAUAAAGAUCACGGUCAUACGAUUGCAGAAUGCCACAACCUGAACAAUCAGAUCCAGGCCUUCAUGAGAAGUGGGAGGCUAACCCAGUACAUUAAGGAGGCAGGCAGACUCGGCACCUCACAGCAUAAUCCUGCUUCUGCCCCAACACCACAAGCAGCAGACCCCGUGCGCACAGCCUCUACAAGCCCACAAGAACCUCUUAAGCAAGUCCCCAUGAUACAUGGGGUUGUGGAGCUCACUGAAAACCAAGAGCAUGCAACCAAAAUCCGUAAGAGGAUUGAGGAGCGGGUGAAGCGAUAUAGAUCAUUAGGCCACACGGUCAAUAUUUUCACUUCAAAGGACAGAAGUUAUCCAGCCUCUGCAAUCACCUUCACCGACGAUGACUUGCAAGGAGUGCACCUACCCCAUGACGAUCCUCUCGUCAUUUCGCUACAAGUCGACCAUUGCCAGUUGGACAGGUUCUAG